AUGGUGUCGCUGAGCAGCGACGGCAGCCGCGUGGCCAUUGGAGCACACGGCAACGACGGUGCUGGAUCAAAUUCUGGUCACGUUCGCGUCUUCGGGCUCUCGGGCAACACUUGGAGCCAGGUGGGGCAGGACAUCGAUGGCGAAGCUUCAGACGAUGCCAGUGGCAUGUCGGUGUCGCUGAGCAGCGACGGCAGCCGCGUGGCCAUUGGAGCAGGCUACAACGACGAUGCUGGGACAAAUUUUGGUCACGUUCGCGUCUACGGGCUGUCGGGCAACACUUGGAGCCAGGUGGGGCAGGACAUCGAUGGCGAAGCCUCAGGCGGUUCUAGUGGCUGGUCGGUGUCGCUGAGCAGCGACGGCAGCCGCGUGGCCAUUGGAGCAGGCUACAACGACGGUGCUGGGACAAAUUCUGGUCACGUUCGCGUCUACGGGCUGUCGGGCAACACUUGGAGCCAGGUGGGGCAGGACAUCGAUGGCGAAGCCGGAGGCGAUAUGAGUGGCGUUUCGGUGUCGCUGAGCAGCGACGGCAGCCGCGUGGCCAUUGGAGCACACGGCAACGACGGUGCUGGGUCAACUUCUGGUCACGUUCGUGUCUUCGGGACCGAGGCGUCGACGCCAGCACCAACGCCGGCGCCAACGCUCGCACCGACGCCCGCGCCGACGACGUCGUCGUCCUCCGCCACCGGCAACCCACACUUGCAGAACAUGUUCGGUCAGCGGUUCGACUUGGCGAGGCCAGGCACGUCCGUCUUGGUCAGCGUUCCGCGCGGAACGUCCGUCGAGGACGCGCUGCUUGUUGUAAAGGCCGACGCGCGUCGAUUGGGGGCACAUUGCUCGGACAUGUACUUCCAGGAGGUCAACGCCACAGGGGCGUGGGCGAACAAGGUGCGGCCUGGAGGCUUUCACUUCGACGCUCUUGACGCGCGUGACGAGACGCCGAAGUGGCUGAAACUCGGGCUUGUGGAACUCAAAAUCGGCAGCGGGCACACCGACAAGGGUCAGCCUUAUCUGAACGUCUACGUCAAGAACCUUCAGCGCACUGGGUAUCGUGUCGGAGGGCUGUUGGGAGAGGAUGACCACACGGAGGCGGCGGCGCCCGAGGAAGGGUGCCAGAAGAUGAUGUCCCUCCAGGCGCGCGUGUAUGGUCAAGCUUCGGAUCUACAGGGAUCCGUCGCAAUCGGCUACUGA